AGCUGUCUUUGCUGCAGGGACAUCCGCCACCUUGGCUUAGACGAUCGAGUUAGGGUUCCCUCAGAAUGGGGACAACUUCUACCCCGGUCAGGAAGUGACCGCUCAGGUUAUUCAACCGGAAUCUACCGUUCAGGUUGGCAUUGCCUUAGGAAUCGCUAACUGCGAGAACGGUUCAUGCCCCGACCCUGCAGACGGUUUAGGAUCUUAUCUUUAUGCAGGCCCAUGGAUCCUGAUGGUUACUACCAGAACUUCACCGUGACCAUACCAUCUUACCUUGCAAAGGGUCCUGCUAUCUUUACGCUCACGCACUUUUGCCUCAUUGGGGCGGAUUGGUACCCAUUCCUCGAAUUUCGCAACGCGACGGUGAACAUCGUGUAAACGGUGGACACCGGAGAGUGAUUUUCAUCAUAUGGACUCGGACCUGGACUCGUUAUUUCGUGUCUUCAUUAUGAAGCUCAAGAACUUGAUUGUUAGCGUACUAAUGUAGGAUCGGAGGAAUUUGCUGUUUAUCGUACUUCGCCAGCACUCAUAUGUGCCAUCGAUCGAUAUGAUUACGCAGUACUACAGAGUGGAUACUAUACUGGGAGGUGAAACAAGAAAAUCCAUGCGGACUCUAGUAAAAA